UCUUUAGUACUUUCGUGAUCUUUGAAACGCUGAGACGCGCGUUCGUCGUUGUCGUUGUAGUCGUGCGUCGUUCUUUCGAAGUCAUCGCGCGCGCGUUUUUGCUCGUCGUCGUCGUUGGCGGCGGGAUUCAAACCUGAACAGGCUUUGGAUUUGCGUGCGUUCGUGCGUGCGUUGUAGGAGGUGACCGCACUGGCAUCGCCUACUGUGACGACACGCGGUGCGGAAGUAAGUGUCCGAGUGCGUGCGUAAGUGUGCGGGUGGCUUCCGGAAGUGUGGAACAGGAUUAGCCGGGGGAAAAACGGAGUGCUUCGAGCAGCGAAGGAAUAACGAGCAAAAAUAGCGAUAAUUUAUAGCAGCUCGGGCGAUUAAGGACACCAACGGAGCCAACGUUGGUGUGCGGUGGAAUUUUUCUGUGUAUUUCCACAUCAUUUUUUGCGGCCAUCACACCGGGGUCGUUUCCGUUCCGGUAGAAUCAUAUGUGGGGGUGGUGUGACUAGAAUGAUGAUGAUGAUUAUGCUAUCCCGAGGCUGAAGGCACACACCAUCCGAGAGUGAUGAUGAUGACAAUGAUAAUGAUUAUGAUUGCUGUCUGAGCGUAUGUGUGCUCAAUAGCCCUGGGGAAAGACACGCUGACACAGUGUCAAUUCGUUCUGGCCGGGAGUCCUCGCAACACGGAAGUGACAACCGGAAGUGACAGUGAAAAGUGUGGAGAGGCGCUAUUAGGAAUGAAAAUCGAGUUUAUGUAAUCGAUGAAGAGCAUAGCGAAGUGCUUUUUCCGGCAAACGGCGAUAAUCGUGUGAAAAUGUAUCAAGUUUGAUGGAAGUUCCCCGCCGGGGAGGGAAGGCCACGUUAAUGGGCCCUGAUGAAAAGUGAUUUUAAGUGAUCCACUGAGUGACGUCGUGCAGUAAUUUUGACUAGAGUGAUAAAAAGCGGUUAUUUUCAUCUCGACCAGCGGCGGCAGCGACGGCGGUUCCUGCGGGUGUUAUCCUUUAAUUGAGCACUCAAAAUAACGACGACUCCAACAAACUCGGAGGACUGGUUACCAUCAACGAGGAAACAAUGUGUCUAAUGUUGACACUUGAGGCGAGUGAGUGACGAAAAUUUAUGCACCCCCAAGAAUCCAACCCCAAAGGCUGGGUGCCUUCCCAAGUCAUAACAAUGUUGUACGGGGAUCGCUGAAAGAAACAACAUGCAAAUGAAGUGGCAAGCAGGGGAAGCGAAUCGAAUGGUAAUUCGUCUGUAGUACUGGUACUUUGCCAAGGUCGACCUCUGGGACUCGGAGGAGUUUGGAAAACAGGGGAUUAUCGAAAAAAAAAUGAGGCUAUAAAUUUGAUUUUGCAUUAUUGAUAGCUUCACUGCUAGAGUGAAACGAGAGAGGAAUGCUUUGCGAAAAUGUAGAAAGAUGUGUUUGAACUCGUGAUUGAUCUGCUUGCCUUCAACCGGAAGCGAAGCGAAGAAGUUGUGUGCGCAAAUACAUAACCUCUCGGUAGCAGCACGUGUGAUGACAUUUUGCCGCCAACGUGAAGGUCGUCAAGGACUGGCAAUGUUUGAAGUGAAGAGGAAGAAGAAAUCGAGGAAGAAGCAAGGCAUGCUGCUGCCAACUGACGGAAACCGUGCCCAACGGAAGACGGUGACGGAAUCCACCGGAUCUUGGAAGGGGACAGGGCGACGAACACGUGGCAGCAGCAGCAGCAGCAGCAGGAGUAGUAAUGAUAGUGAUAAAGUGCUAAACAAACCAAGGCUGGUGCAGUCACUUGUUUCCUCCGUUCGAACGGCAAUGGUGAAACGAACAGCGGUGUUGUUGGCACUGGUUGCCCUAGUGACGACAUUUCCGGCCAGUGCCGGCAGCUACACCGACACGGAAGACCUGAUCAACGAGCUAGACAGACCGAUACCCAUAACGACGGUGAGCGGAGUGCUGGGCAAACAGGCCAGCCUGCCGUGCGACAUCCGGCCACUGGAGCGGGACGACGCGGUCUACAUGGUGCUCUGGUUCAAGGAGGAGGACAACGAGCCACUGUACAACUUCGACAUCCGGGGCCGCCAGGUAGCCCAAGCACGUCUCUUCUCGUCGGAGAAGUACUUUGGCAAGCGGGCGUUCUUCCGCGCGACCUCCCAUCCGGCCCAGCUGCUGGUGGACGAUCUGCGGCUGGCCGACGAAGGCGUGUACCGGUGCCGGGUGGACUUUCGCAACUCGCCCACCAGAAAUGUUAAAAUUAACUUCACCGUUGUAGUUCCGCCGGAUCGGCCCGUUAUCUACGACUCGAGGCGCCAGGUGAAGACCAACAUCGUCGAGCCGUACAGCGAGGGCAGCGACAUCCAGCUGAUUUGCGAGGUGAAAGGAGGUCGACCCCGGCCAAACGUGACCUGGUACCUGGACAACACGGUGAUCGACGAGUCGUACGAGGUCCGCUCGGACGGCACAACGGUCAAUCAUCUGUCCUAUCCGAACAUCGGUCGGCAGCAUCUGGACGCUCGGCUCAUGUGCGUCGCCAGCAACACCAACCUGACACCUCCGAACAAUAAAGUCGUGGUGCUGGAUGUUAAUCUGAAACCGGUGGCGGUGCACGUACUGUUCAAGGAGAGGCACGUUUCCGCCGGCAAGCGGUACGAUAUUGAGUGCAAGAGUUCCGGUUCCCGGCCGGAAGCGGUCAUUUCCUGGUGGAAAAGUGGGAAACUGCUGAAGCGUAUGAACAAAAACUUCUCCGAGACCGGAAACCAAUCGCUCAGCGUUCUCUCGUUCACGCCGGUCGUGGAAGAUGAUGGCAAGUACCUCACCUGCCGGGCCGAGAAUCCACUGAUUCAGGACAGUGGCAUCGAGGACAAGCUGAGACUAUCGGUGCACUAUACGCCAAUUGUAACACUAAAAAUGGGAUCAUCGUUAAAUCCAGAUGACAUCAAGGAGGGUGAUGAUAUAUACUUUGACUGCCACAUCCAGUCGAACCCGAAACCGUACAAGCUGGCUUGGUAUCAUAACGGUAACGAACUGCAUCACAACGUCACCGCGGGAAUCAUCUUGUCGGAUCAUUCGUUGGCACUACAGGGCGUUUCGCGGAACAUGGCCGGCGAGUACACCUGCAUAGCGACCAACACCGAAGGUCGCGGUGCCAGCAAGGGGGAGCCGCUGCGCGUUCACUAUGCACCCGUUUGUGGCACGGACCGUGAGGAACUACUCGGCGCACUCAAGCACGAAACGCUGCAACUCAAGUGCGAGGUGGAUGCAUCCCCGCCGGCGGAAUCCUUCCACUGGACGUUCAAUUCAUCCGGCGAACAAACAGAGCUACCGGCCAAACUCCACUCGAGCGAGACCGGCUUAUCGCGGCUUAAUUACACUCCCACGUCGGACCUGGACUACGGCACGAUCUCCUGCUGGGGCCGUAACGCCAUCGGAGUGCAAAAAACGCCCUGUGUGUUUCAGGUUGUGGCUGCAGGACGACCGUUUGCGCUGCAAAACUGCACAAUAUCCAACCAAUCUUCUGAUUCACUGCACAUUGAAUGCAUCGAAGGAUUCGACGGUGGUCUGCCGCAGAUGUUCCUGCUGGAGUUGGUCGAGGUGCCCGCCCUGAGACUGGUUAGAAAUUUAAGUCUUCAACAUCCACCGGUGCAAUUUUUCCUGGAUAAUCUAGAGCCCGGAACGUCGUACCGCAUCAUCCUGUUUGCAGCGAAUGCGAAAGGUCGUUCGGAGCCGGUGAUAGUGGACGACAUCACCUUCAAGGGUGUGGCCAAGUACACUGGUGUUUCCAACGUUAUGAAUGUUCCUUUAUCGCCAGUAUUAGCCGCAUUAACACUUACGGUGGCGAUUCUGUUUGCCGUAGUCUGCAUCGUGUUGGCCACCAUCUAUCGACGCCACGCUAGCAAGAACUCGUCCAAGAAGCUAAAGUCUGCCAAAAGCGCACAUCUCACGUCGACCCCGAUAGACUGCCAAAUUGACUCAUCUGCACACCACCACCACCAUCAUCACCAUCACCACCAGACGCACGAUCCGAACGGCAUCCAGACGCCCCUGGUGGAUGGCAGCUGUGGCACGCUGGGCCGACGGAGUCCACAAAUGGCUGGCGAGCCACCGGACGGAGAUGAAACCGAUCCGGAUGUGAUACCCAAUCAAUACGAGCGGAGGCCACCCAAGACGACGCUUCCGACGCCGCUGUUCCGGAGUCCGUCGGCGCGACUCAUUCACCGGAACGGCGGCGAGCACCUGCUCCAUGAGGAUGAGCGCCACUGUGAUGGAUCCAGUCUGGCGUCACUGACCGGAUCGAACAGCGAAGUGCACCAUUAUUCCUUCAAGCCAAGCAAACAAAUUAGUUACGCGACGCUCGGACGUACGAACAACAGCAGCGGCAGUGUCCAGUCGACGCUCAGUCCACUGAGCCACCAGGCAGCUAUGGCAGUGGCGCCCUCGUCGUCGACGUCCGCGAUGGCCAUGAGCACGACGCUUCCCUUGCCGUCGAUGGUGGGUGGCGUCGGCGUUGGCGUGAGCAGUCUGCUGGGCAGCCCCGCGUCUCAGUCCCAACUGGGCGUCACUUCCACGCUGAACGAGUACCGGUUCAGGCAGGAAGUAGUUACCACAUCAAACCGAAUACAGGAAAGUUGUAUAUAAUAUUUUAUAAGGUGCAUCAACGUAACUCCACACUUCGAUGUAGAAUGGAUUUUUUUUAGUGUGGAUGUGUGAAUGAGUUCUCCCAGAAAUAUUGCUGAUUACUGUAGUGUACUUACGUCACUUGUACGUUUUCCAUAAUGAGCAGCAUAGAUUAUUUUUCCAUUUUGCAAUAGUAAAAAAAAGUCAAAUGCAUUGUGUCAUGUAAAUGUUCGAAUGGGUGCUAAAAGAAUGAGAAAGAAUGAAAAUGGAAUCAAUAAUAAUCGGAAAUUUUAUGUUAAGUAGAUCAAAAGCGGAAAUGGAACUUACGAAUAAAUGUAUAUAAAGGACUACAUUAGAUGCGAAAUUCAUGUCUUAAAGAAAAAGUGAAACUUAUGAAGUUUUAUCGACAAAUUUUAAUAGAGAAAUUUUCCCGCAGUGUGGUGACCGAUCUUUGUAAACUAUUAGCAACUAGUACAGUAUUAGAGAAAAAGAUUGAUUUUAACGUUCUAAAGGUGAAUCUGUUUGUUUUCCGAGAGUAACCAACACUAAAAACUAAUAUCAGAUUUAAAGCGACACAGCACACUACUUAAGUAAAAUCGUAAGAGAAAUUGCGUUACUGACUGGACAAUAACCGCACACAUUUUGGGAAGCAUAAAGAAAAAGCAAACAAUCUACGAUCAUCAGAACAGGCAACAAAUUUGCAGAAUAUCGAACAUACGACUGAAUCAUGUUGUUUUUAUUUCUUCGGUGAUGGGAAAACAGUCAACACAUAGGUAAAUGAUGAAACCACCAAAAAUUAGCGUAAGAGGUGCGAUUGUGAACGAAUUCUUCGAUGGGUGAGAAACAAAAAAACGUGUGUGAAAAAGAUAAAGCAAUUCUGACAGAUGAAAAUGUGUUGGUUUAUAACAGCAAUGACAGCUAAAGGCGAUGUAAGGUGAAGAGCAACGCUAGAUUAUUUUGUACAAAGAAACAUACACACUCAUCAAAACGAAAAACACGCUAAAAGAUGCGCAUAAAAGAUUAUAAUUAAAUGGUGUGUAAAAUAUAGGCAAAAGGCAAAAAAAGGAACGAAUGUUGGAUGAAAUAAAUAAAUGAAGAUUUUAUGAAAAUCAA